UAAUAUAUAUAUUUUUCAUAUAAAUAGUUAGACGGUCCUCAACUUGGUACUCUUCUACCACCAACUUGCUUGCUCUUCUCUCUCUCCCUUCUCUUUGUGUGUCUCUCUCAACAUCAUAACAUCUAGUUUUAUUAUUUCCUUAGAAUUUUGAGUUUUGUUAAUUUUUUAUAUUAUUACGUCUUGUGUUUAUAAUUUUAUUAUUUUAAUACAUCCUUUGAUUGUUUAAAAAGUAAUAGUUGUGAUUUUGAGUGAAUUAAUUUUUAGAUAUACUAAAAAAUCAAUCCUUUCUCCAAUGGACAAUGAUGGUUGGGAUCUAUCAGCCAUUGUGCGUAGUUGUAAAGCUACCACCUUUACCAAUCCCACCACCGUUUUUGAAACUCCCACCCCCAACACCUCGACCAAUAACACUAGAUCUCCUCUUAAACCAACUGAUUUCAUAGAGCUAGAAAAAUUGACAACCAUCAUAAAUCCCAAUACCACUAUCUCCACCCCCACCUCCACCUCCACCUCCACCUCCACCUCCGCCUCCGCCGCCAAUAUCCUUAAACCCACAUUCACUAUCGGCACUCCCGCUUUCACUUACACUAGUGUUCAUAACACCAAUCAAAAUUCAACUUUUUAUGAUGUCUCAACACUCGGGAUACAACAAGAAAUGCAAUUAAAUCCACAAACUGAUUUAUUCACAAGGGUGUAUAUUCCUACAAAGGUUAACUGCAUUAAAGUUACUAGUGCUCAUUUUGAUCUUGCAUACAAUCACCCAUCACUUCAACAACAAUCCCAAAGAGAACUCAAUCAACUACCGAUUCAAGUAACACAAAUCAAUUCUGUGGUUUUACCAAAUACACGUCCACAACCAAAAAAAUACAGAUCAAAUUAUAGAAAAAAAAAUCAACAGAUGAAUCUGGUUUGCCAUGUGAAUACAGAGAAGCUCUUAGAAGAUCCAUGGGCAUGGAGAAAAUAUGGAAAAAAAACCCAUUAAAGGGUCUCCUUAUCCAAGGAAUUACUACAAAUGUAGCAGUGCCAGAGAUUGUGCAGCAAGAAAGCUUGUAGAUAAAAGCACUUCCAAAGAGGACAUUUUUGUUGUGACAUAUGUAGGACAACACAAUCAUGAAAAACCGGUUAAUCGGACCUCUCGAAACCAGGCUUUAAAUACUCUCUUUAGAAUGAAAUAUAAAUAAAAAUGUUAAUUAAAAAUUAAGA